AUGGAGGGUGACCUGCCACACAUCACACCGGAGAGGAAGAAAGGAAGAAGAGAGAAACAGAAAACGAGGUUGAAGAUGAUAGUCUUGGCCAUUCUAGAUGAGUUUGUUCAAGACUUGAGAUUCAGAUGGGUUGAAGUUGAGUUGGAACUUAAUGCUCUUGAUAACCCUGGCAGUCGUCGAGGGAGUGGCAAUGAGAAAGCUGUUGUAAGCCAAGGAGUUGCUCUUUCUGUUGGUUUAGGUGGGCAAGUUGUGGUUGGAACAAUGAACACAAGUUCAGGUAUGCCUUUGUGCUCUUACGAUGCUGUUGUGUUCGUGGUUGGUACUUAG